AUGUCGUUAGACUUCGAAGAUGCUGAUGGUGCACACGGUGAGGAAGAACUUGAGCAUUCCAAUGCUCAGCGCGUAAGUUGGAAUGAUCGCGGUAACUUGGGCGGCACAAGUCAGGACGCGAAGCAUGAUGACCCGUCCUUACUAUCCAGUAGCGAAGGAACUGUUGCGCAGCAUUGGCGGCAAUCGCCUUUUGCUGUUGGAAGGACGAAAGCAACUUGGGCUGACGAACAGGCAGGAUGUAGGAGAUUCCACAGUCAGAACAGUGCACAGAGCCAUUUGCCGAAUGCUUUCCGAUUUAUAUGUACUGGCUUCCUCUGCCAGCGCGCCGGCCGUGUUGGGAAUAUGAUUGUACUGUACACACGAACUGAAGAAUUCACACUAGACAAUGGAGAAAGAGCUACUCAACAGAGACUUGUCUGUGUUCUGGGACCGUAUUGGACGGUACUUGUGGGGGUGACAUUGCCGCUGCUAAUAUUUCUAUCUACUUGGACCGCACUGACGAGGUUACCGGAGCAUGGUCUUAGUGUAAUUGUCACAUGGAGUUUGGCUACAGGAGGCCUUUUUGUUUCGUUGCUGAACGUGGCUUGUAGAGAUCCUGGAAUUUUGCGAAGACACUCAGAGCCACCGUCUGGAGAAGAAAACGAGUGGCGAUGGAAUGACCAGGCAUUCACGUACCGACCUACCCAUGCCCGUUACGACCCAGAAUGUGCCGUUGUUGUGGAGCACUUUGACCAUACGUGA